UAUUUUAUUGUCACGUGAAAGAAACGGAGCCUUAUCACAAAACCAACAUAAAGACCAAAAGAAUUUGUCCGGUACAAUGUUAUGGCAGUGCGUCUUUUACAUCAGUUUGAUAAAUAUAUCGCCGACACUCUCAGAUUAUCCAUUUAGGAAUGUUUCACUUUCGUGGACCGAAAGAGUGGAUGAUUUGGUCGGCAGGUUGACGUUGGAUCAAAUCAUUCAGCAACUGGCACGUGGAGGUGCAGGGAAAAAUGGAGGACCCGCCCCCGCCAUCGAGAGCCUAGGGAUCGGACCGUACCAGUGGAAUACAGAAUGCUUGAGAGGUGACGUCGAAGCGGGAAAUGCCACAUCUUUCCCCCAGGCUAUUGGGCUUGCGGCAGCCUUUAGCAAGGAUCUUAUCUACAAUGUCUCAAAAGCUGCAGCCACAGAAGUGAGAGCAAAGCACAAUGAUUUUGUAAAGCGGGGGAUCUUCUCAGACCACACGGGACUCAGCUGUUUUAGUCCUGUAAUAAACAUUAUGAGGCACCCAUUAUGGGGGAGAAAUCAAGAAACCUAUGGGGAGGAUCCGUACCUCUCAGGGAUGUAUGCUGACUACUUUGUGAGGGGACUGCAGGGUGACAAUGACAGAUACGUACAAGCUAACGCUGGAUGUAAACAUUUUGAUGCGCACGGUGGCCCGGAAGACAUCCCAGUGUCAAGAAUGAGCUUUGAUGCAAAGGUGUCAAUACGGGAUUUAAGACUGACAUUUCUCCCAGCAUUUAAAAAGUGUGUAGAAGCAGGAGCCUAUAGCCUAAUGUGUAGCUACAACAGAAUUAACGGGAUUCCAGCCUGCAGUAACGACCUCCUCCUGAUUGACAUUCUGCGAGAGGAGUGGAACUUUACGGGCUAUGUGGUCAGUGACGAGGGGGCCAUAGAGAACCAGAUUACGUACCACCACUACUACAACAACACACUGGACGCUGCGGCCGGCUCAGUGAAUGCUGGCUGUAAUCUGGAACUGUCCACAAAUCUUACAGACCCCAUCUUCUUGAGAAUUGGUGAUGCAGUUAAGAGUGGAAAAUUGGAGGAGUCUGUUGUUCGUAAUCGGGUGAAGCCAUUGUUUUACACCAGAAUGAGGCUGGGAGAGUUCGAUCCCCCCGAAAUGAACCCGUAUUCAUCUGUCAAUCUGUCAGUCAUUCAGAGCGAGGAACACAGGAAGCUUUCUCUUACAGCAGCUGCUAAAUCAAUGGUGCUGCUGAAAAGACCAUCAGAGUUUAGUAGGAAGCAUUUGAUUGGUGGAUUUCCUUCAGAAAGAAUGGCAGUUAUUGGACCAAUGGCCAACAACACGGACCAAAUGUUUGGUGACUAUUCCCCAACAACGGACUUCAGUUUCGUGAAAACCCCUCUGACGGAUCUCGGGGAGCUAAACUUUUCUAUGAACUACGCUGCAGGUUGUUUAGACGGUACUCCGUGCUUGAAUUACUCCCAGAACGACGUCAGGACGGCCCUUACAGGAGCAGAUCUGGUGGUAGUGUGUUUAGGAACAGGUAAAGAGUUGGAAAGAGAGAACGUUGACAGGAAGAAUAUGUCGUUACCAGGGAAACAGCUACAACUUCUCCAGGAUGUUGUGUCAAUGACCGACAAGACUGUGUAUCUUCUGGUGUUCUCUGCGGGGCCAUUAAACAUCAGCUGGGCGGAGGAGAGCGAGAGCGUGCUAAUCAUUAUCCAGUGUUUCUUUCCCGCCCAGGCCGCAGGAGAAGCCAUCAAAGAGGCACUGAUUAUGAAGGACGGGCGGUUUAAUCCGGCAGGGAGACUACCAUACACAUGGUACAAAUAUGCUGAACAGAUUCCCUCCAUGACGGACUACUCGAUGAACAGGAGGACCUACCGCUACUUCACGGGGGUACCCCUGUAUCCCUUUGGUUACGGACUCUCCUAUUCCACCUUCGUGUAUAGUAAGCUUUACUUCCUUACCAAGAUCCAAGCCGGGGCUCCAAAUGUUGUACAGGUCAGGUUGUUCAACAGCGGUCCUUUCGAUGGGGAUGAGGUAUUUCAAGUAUACAUAAAAUGGUUGUCGACAAAAGAGAGGAUGCCCCGUGUCCAGCUGGUGGCGUUUGAGAGGGUCUUCAUCAAAAGCCAGCAGUACGUAGACAUCAGCACUGCCAUACUUCCACAGAGCAUGGCGGUGUGGCGGGACGGCGUAGGAUUCGUCAUCGAGCAAGGAUAUAUUCAACUCUAUGCUGGUGGUCAGCAGCCGGACCAGAAAGUGACCGUUCCUUCCAAUAUCCUACAAGGGCAGUUUGAAAUCGUUGGAGAAAAGAUUAUAUCUUAAUCAAAAACACAAUGAACAGUAUUUUUACGAGUGCUUGUACAAGAGAAAUGUGUAUGUAACUAUGUCUUCCAGUCACAGUCAUGAAUGAGAAUAUAGUAUUUAGAUGUAGUAUAGGGUAUUAUUCCUUAGUUAAGAAGACUGAGCCCCCCCCCCCCCCCCACCCCCCCACCCCCACCCCCCCCCAAUUACAUUUAAAGAAAAAUUACUGUAGUUUACAUGUACUUUACUGUAAUUUACAUUUUACCUCAUUAUAAAGAAACCAGUAUGUUCAGAUAUGUACUUUUUACUUUUUAGUUCAUCCGAGUCAAAGGCUCAGUCAAGGUUUUCUGAUCAAGUUUUGUCCAGUGUCUUUUUUGUCUGGCAUAAAUGCUUCACACUUUCAUCUUCUUAAGAACUGAAUAUCAGUCUCGACCAAACUUGCCACAAGGCAUCUGGUAAAGGACGUUCGGAUUUAAGGUCAUGUCCCACUCCCCGGGGAAAUAGUUCUCUCCUCUUGAGAACCACUGAACCCAUCGAAACUUGUUUCAUUGAAACCUUCCUUACUUUAUGAAGAUUUAUGUUUGUUCAAAGUAUGAGCCCCCGGGCAGCCUAGGGCUAGAGUGAGGCACAAUGCCAUGGGACUAAUAUUCAAGCAAUCCUGCCCCCGGGCAGCCCAGGGCUAGAAUGGGGCACAAUGGGACUAAUAUUCAAGCAGCCUGAUGUAGUUUAUAGUUUGUUCACAACAUGAUAUUCGGAAUCUGGAUGGAGUCACAGGAGAGGUUCAAAGAAUAUAAGAACAUUCUUGCCCACAAUCACAUACUUAACGCAGUUUCAUUGACUGAAUGAACAGUAAUUUGUUUUUACUGUGUUUUGUCGAUGAUAAAGAAGCAUGCAUUAAUGGUUGUACAUUCAUGUACAUGAAUUACUGAAACAAAAAACAAAAAAUCUAAAUAAUUUUCGAAUAUUUAAAAUUGUAAUUUAAAAAAGAAAUGGAUUUUAGGAUUAUAAACCUUUCGAAAAGAGAAUAUUUUACCCCUUAUUCAUCGGAAUUUUUUACUUGUUUUUAUUCUUGAUUCGAUAGUCAUAGAAUAUCAGCUUUUAUAAGAACUAUCUGUGGUAAGCUAAAAUGAUAUAUAACAAUGGGAAAGAUGGUAAAGUCCAAAUGCUGUGGGUAAAAGGGCUACAUCAUCAUACAGCGGCAGAAGUCUGUUUAGAUUUAAGUGCUCAGGUGAGCAAUGUGGCCCAAUUGUCCUCUACUUAGCCAUGUACACAUUCCAGUCAAUCUUAUAGUGCCAUUUCAUUUUGUGCAAUGACUUUAUGAGGAUCUCAUUUUGAUGUGGAGACAUUAUGAAUUUAUCCAUGUAUUUAGUAUAUGUGUCGUGCGUGUGUUUGUGUAGUGCAACACUAAGAGUUAACUAUAGAUUUAUGAAUGGUGGAGAAAUUAUUCUUUUUUAAUGGGAAUAUAUAGAUGUAAAGUAUAAGGAGUGGUUCUGUUGAUGGUCGUUCCACAUGCAGAUUUAUAGCAAAUGUUACAGCAAACAUGCUUAUAAUAAUUCACACUUACAGCAAAGUGAUUUUCAUUCCCUGUGGUUAUAAAAACAUACAUACUGAAUAUAAUGAAUUACAUUUAUAAAAAAAAAAAACUGUUUGUCCCCAGCAAUACAUGUAUCAACACUUCGCCACGAGUUACGUCCCUUUACGGGGUCAGCCAAAGGUCAAUCAGUGAAAAACCAAGUUUUCCUUCUUUACCUUACCAAAUGUAAGAUGUUAUUACUUUGAAUUUUAGCCAAUUACCAAGUUUUCAUACAAGUUAAUGGGUUGCCCCAAUCUGUGGCAUAUUGUAGUUAACUGCAAUUGAUGGAAAAAUAACAGAUGUCAAAGCUACAGAUAGGAAAAUUACAAAGGCCAACGUAGGGAAAUACGAUUUUUAUCCGGGAGAUGGCGGACAAGGGACGUAACUUUCGCGAAGUGUUGAUACGUGUAUUGGUUGUAUGUUUCAAAGAUUCACAAGAUAAAAUACAUUUGUAAUUACUAUGAUUAUUUUUAUUAUAUAUAGAAAAUUUUUAUUUUACAUCUGUGCUGCUUAUACCUGAUUUGUCUUGUAUAGACAAAGGUUCUUAAAUAAAAAAAAAACCCACGUUGAUUAUAAUGUUACAGUGUGAACACCGAGAUUGGUUGACCUCUGUUGUUUUUGUGUGCGAUUGUUUUGUAUUGUAAUCAGUGAUACGAUUGGUUGACCUCUGUUGUGUUUGUGUGUGAUUGUUUUGUAUUGUAAUCAGUGAUACGAUUGGUUGACCUCUGUUGUUUUUGUGUGUGACUGUUUUGUAUUGUAAUCAGUGAUACGAUUGGUUGACCUCUGUUGUUUUUGUGUGUGAUUGUUUUGUAUUGUAAUCAGUGAUACGAUUGGUUGACCUCUGUUGUUUUUGUGUGUGAUUGUUUUGUAUUGUAAUCAGUGAUACGAUUGGUUGACCUCUGUUGUUUUUGUGUGUGAUUGUUUUGUAUUGUAAUCAGUGAUACGAUUGGUUGACCUCUGUUGUGUUUGUGUGUGAUUGUUUUGUAUUGUAAUCAGUGAUACGAUUGGUUGACCUCUGUUGUUUUUGUGUGCGAUUGUUUUGUAUUGUAAUCAGUGAUACGAUUGGUUGACCUCUGUUGUUUUUGUGUGUGAUUGUUUUGUAUUGUAAUCAGUGAUACGAUUGGUUGACCUCUGUUGUUUUUGUGUGUGAUUGUUUUGUAUUGUAAUCAGUGAUACGAUUGGUUGACCUCUGUUGUGUUUGUGUGCGAUUGUUUUGUAUUGUAAUCAGUGAUACGAUUGGUUGACCUCUGUUGUUUUUGUGUGUGAUUGUUUUGUAUUGUAAUCAGUGAUACGAUUGGUUGACCUCUGUUGUAUUGUAUAUCAGUGAUACACAUGAAUGUAUGCAUCAUUUUUGACUAUUUAAAAGUUUAAUAUGACAACGAAAAUACAUUUUAACACAAUAUUGUGAUGGAUGGAGUAUUUCCGUAAGGACUGCUGAGAAUAAGAAUAAAUAAAUAAAUUAAUUAAG